AUGAUGACCUCUAAGACCCCCAAGAUCGGCAUCUUCCCCGCCUCCGGUGGUCUCGGAUCAAGCAUUGUGAACCACCUAACGAAACUGGUCACCCCAUCCGACCUCAUUUUGAUCGCGCGACACCCUGCGAAACUCGACAGCCUCAGCCAAGCAGGCGCCACGGUAAGAAGGGCAGACUAUGACGAGCCCUCAACCUUAGAAACUGCCUUUGACGGCGUGGACACUCUAAUGUUGAUUUCCUAUGCGUCAUUCGAAAUCGAGCACCGAGUCAAGGCCCACCGUCUCGCCAUCGACGCAGCCCUCAAAUCCGGCGUCAAGCACAUCUUCUACUCCUCCCUCGGUUUCGGCAGUGGUCUCAGCGACCAAAGCGUCGCCCACGUAAUGGGCGCACACCUCGAAACAGAGAAAUACCUUCAAUCCCUCGAAGGAAGGGUAACUCACACCUCUAUCCGCGAGGGCAUCUACUCCGAGUCCUUCCCCAUCUACACAGCUUGGUUCGAUCCGCAGAACCCAGCAGACGAGAUUACCAUCCCGCACCCCGGGACCGGUCCGGGUGUUGCGUGGGUGAAGCGCGAUGAACUGGGCGAGGCUACGGCUAAAUUGAUUGCCUCUUAUGUCGAUGCUCCUGGCAGCUUCGCGUAUCUGAACAAGACGGUGCUGCUGUCUGGAGGGCGGGAGAUUUCUUUAGCGGAGACGGUGGAGAUCCUUGGUCGAGCCGUUGGGAAAUCGUUUAAGAUAAGGGAGAUUUCGGUUGAUGAGUAUAUGGGGCUUCCUCAGAUCGGGGAUAAACACACUUAUCAUGGUGUUGAUCUCUCGCGGGAGUGGACGACGGCUUGGGAGGCUAUUCGCCGGGGUGAGACAGCCGUUGUGUCGCCGGCUUUGGGGGAGAUUUUGGGGAGACAGCCGGAGAGGUAUGAGGAUACUAUCAAGGCGAUGAUUGGGUGA